ACCACACGCGUUCAGCCCCGCGCCGGAAGCAGGCAGAGGGGCAGGAAGCCGCCGCCAUUUUGUGGGAGGGCGCUGAGGAAGGGCAGAGCGCGGCGGCGGCCCAGGGUACUGGUGGCGACAGCAUCUCUGCAUAAUCAGGCAGGACGAGCAACCAUGGCUGGCCAUGACUCGGGAUCUCAGCACCAGUUCACUGGAUUUCAGAAGUACUUCAAUUCCUAUACCAUGGUGGGCAGGAGGAAUUACGUUAUAGCGACAUACACAGGCGUUGCAAUGCUCAUCUUAUAUUUCAAGCUUAGAUCUAAAAAGAAGACUCCUGCUGUGGCAGAUAAGUAAAUGGUUGCUGGCACGUCUGAACCUUCAUUUCAUUCUGUUUCAAUGUAAUGGAAGCUGAUGUCCUAUUCUGGCUAAUAAAAUAUAAACAAUUACUUUAUUGAAAAUAUGAAAUGAUAAAACGAAGCGGAAAUGUACUUUUUUUUUUCCUCUAUCAGAAAUAGUUAUUUGUAGUGGAGACAGAAUACCUGAUUCUUUUUGUGACUAUUUUAACUCUUUUGCUGUUAUAACACAUCCCAAAAUGAGCACCUGGUAGUCUUAAGUCUUACAUUUGGUAGUCUUAAGAAAGACCUCAGCAUCAUGACCAUAUCACCAAGCACAGAGCUUACAGAUGAGCAGAGCAUCUCUGCACUUCCAAGUGUUAUGGUAGGUGGAACACGUGGUCUGCAGAUUCUUGCUUGUCCUGGUUGCUUCCAUUUUUUGUGUUCUCACCUAGUGGCUUACAUGAAAACCAUUGUUUUUUCAAUAAUGUUAAUACAGUGCAAAAUAGAAUGGC